AAAAGUUUUAAAGAUCAGUGUGAUAAAGUACGGUCAUUUAUUCAAAUUUUCUGUGAGACUUCAAAUAAAGUGUUUUGUAUAAGUUCCACAAACGGCACAUAUAAUUAUUUUCAAGUUGGAAGGUACAUACCCAGAAAAUGAAAAGAAAAUUAAAUUCACUCAGUGUGACAGGUAUUCUUUAUAGCACCUCUUUGAUAGCAAUUGCAAUCAUUUUGAUUGGGAUUGACAAUGCCAAAGCCGAUGAUGGUACUCCAGCCUUUUUUUUAAAGAUUGCUAAAAAUAUUCCAAGGGUUGGAAGAAGCUCAGAAGCAGAGGAAUUUUUUCGGAAGGCUUCUAAAAACGUUCCAACAAUCGGCAAACGGGAAGAGAUGUCAGUUCUUGAAAAUGGCUAUACAUUGUCUCCCUUCGGAAAAGAUGGUCAGUUUUUGAAAGCAACGAAGAGGCGAAUAGGUUAUGCUCCUGCCACAGGCAGUGACACCUGGACUUGGGAACACUUCCCACUGGCAAUCGAGGGUCCACCUGAAUUGUGGCGAAGUCUGGCUGGAUACAGUGAUGAGAAAGUUUUCGAGACUGCUGACGAUAUCGACAACGAAAUUCACAACCGAGAUAAGAGGGCUGAAGUGUACCGAAGGAAAAAAUAAGACAAAUCUACAACAUUUACUUUAAUAAAAAAAAAUGGAGAGAAGUCUGUUAGUGAAAUUUUCUGAUUAUAAUUACCU